GAUAGAACUGAAUCAACGUAUUCGCGAGCUGAGUCUAGAGGGCGGAAGGACAGUCGAAAGCAGGAUAACAAUACUACCGUACUUCGAAGGAGGCUCGUUUUUACGCUCUCUAUGGAAAGCCGUUCCGCAUCCCGCACCAUGCAAGCGGGCCGGAACAUAACUCAAUCGGCUGGAAUACGGCAGCCGGAGCGGUAUGACAGAACCCCAUCAAAGCGAAGUAACUCAGCUCCCAAAACACCAUCAUCUCGACUAAAAACACCCAUCUCCGUGGCAUCUCGAAUGAAGACGAAAUGA